AUGCCUGGUAUGGAGAUCAACUUCCGCAACACGUUUCUGGAGGUCAGUCCUAAGCUCUGUGCUUCCAUGCCCAGGCCCCAGACUAUGCCCAAUCUGAUCGAGCAACUGGGGAUGAGUGAUCCUACCUAUGUCGAGGAUUUGGAGUUCGAUACCGAGUUUGAUACUCAAGAUGGUGUUGGCUUACUUGACGAAGCUCAUAUGGAAAAUGAUGCGGGUGUGAUGUAUGGAGGGGCUUUAUACGAUGCUAACUCCUUCAGAGAUGCCUGCCAGACUCUUCUGAGUGUCAACACUG